AUGUUCCGUUCUCACCCGCCUCAGCCCAGACGUAGAUCAUUACCCAGCCUGGACCAGGCCGAGCCAGAGCCCCAGGGUCAAACCCGCAGCAACGAUGAGGCCAUCCAGAAGAUCAGUGCUCUGGAGAUGGAGCUGGCCAAACUCAGAGCCCAGAUAGUACUGACCCAGGAGCAGAACGCACAGACACCAGCCCCAGGUGGUCCUCCUGCCCCAGGUGGUCCUCCUGCCCCAGGUCGCCCUCCACCUCCCUGCGCCCCUCCCCCACCUCCCCCUCCUCCACUCAUGGGAUUCCAGCGGAGCUUCUUGGUCAUUGACCUCAUCCAGGAGCGCUGUGGGAAGAAGACAGAUGGCCAGACACUGCUGAACCAGGAGCCCAAGCAGGCAGAGGUCCCCAACAUGCUGGAUGUACUUAAAGACAUCGGCAAAGUCAAGCUACGCCCCGCUAAGAGAGCCAAGCCUAGUGAGCCCACAGAUGCUGCAUCUCUCAUCGCUAAUGCCUUGAAACGCAAGUUCGCCCAUCGUUAUCGCCACAACAGCAAUGAGAACAAAGAGUUUGACUUCCCAGCCUCUGAACUGAAACCUUUCUGUUCUGAAUUCCCCAAGACCGACAAAGUAGAGGUUCCCCUGGUAAAGCAGCACUGGCUGAAAACCCCAGCCCCUGUCGUGAAACUACACCCAGACACACCCAUGUUUGGGCAGCACAUGUUGAAAUCUACUGGCCAGAGAAAGCUCCUCUGAGCACCCAGAGAUGGUUUGACCUCCAGACACCCAUGGACACUUAAGUGCCUUUAUCAACCUGUUUGUCACCAGUCUCUGGAUGGCCAUGUUGUUUGACUAGAUAUACAAUCAAUCUGCUCUCUAUUCCUACUCACCAACACUAUUGCCUCAGUCUUCAGUUCUUGCACUUUCAUAACAUACCAUAUGUCAUUUUUUUAACUUUCAUUUAAAAUGUCCUAUUUUUGUUAAAUUGAUGCCAGUUUCGAAGUCUUCGAUCUUAAAUUAGGACGGUCCAAGAUUGGUUGUCAGAUUUUCUUUUAAUGUAUUUUUUUGUACCACAACUAAAUUCCAAUGAGAUUCACCCUUGUGUGUUCUGUAGUCGAACACUACAAAAUCCUAACAUUCCUCAACUGUUAACUACAUGUAUUAAAGGGGAUUGAACGGUUUCUAAAUGCACAGAGACAAAGGCUUAUCCAUUUUGCAUGCCCUUUUCAAGGCAGUUGUAUUUAUUUUUGCCUCACUGGGUCUUUGUCUACUUCUUACUAGAGAUAGAGAUGUAUGCAGAGAAGAGGGAUCACUUAAUAUUUUUGUAAAUUGCAUCCUAGUCGGUUAAAUUUAUUUCUAGUUAAUACUUGUCAAGUCAUAGUUGCUACCAAUUAUCAAAGCGUCCAUGGUUGAUUUAAUUGUAGACUAGAUCGCUUUGAGUUGUACUGGGACAAGUUCCGUACCUCACUAUGCAGAGUGGACCAAACUUACACUAAUCUAGUCUGAAAACGGGGAUACUCUACCAGUCAUGUUAUUCAUUACUUACCGAUGCUGGGCAGGAGGACAUUUUAUUAGUUCCAGAUCCAUGACAAGCCCAUUCUGAGGUAAUGCUACUCCAUGACCAGCUGUAUCCCUCUUUUUAAACCACACAAUGUCUUCAUGUUAAAGUUUAAUACCGUAACCAGUUCCACUGAUGGUAAACAAUUGAAGACAUUGGCCAGUUUAUUUAAUGGAAAAAUAUUAAGCUUUGAACCUUUGCAUGGUGGGAGUACAAGGG